AUCACUCACCAACAUCUUAGUAUCGUCGCAUAACCUCACUUUUCCUCCAACUCUAUGGGUCUGAAGUCUACUCCCCACGUGAAACAAUUAUGCAAUAACAAACGCGAUACCACUGUCAUUAGACUGUCGUAGCGAAAUCGAGAACAUCGAAAUUACGUACAAUUCAGCAAUGACAUUGACAAAUAUUAGUAUGUACUCUAAAGUCUCGGUAUAUCACCAUCAGUACGUGAUAUUUGCACAUAGCGUAUAGUUGCAAUUUAUCGUGCUGACAUCAUUCUCACCAUAGAAAUUGUCAUGACAUCAAUCAUCAAUGAUUUUCAUGCUAAGAUCUUGGGAGAUAAGGAAAAGGCUGCACCUUCCGCUACAGAGAAUACAUUGUCUUCUCAGGUCACCUCACAACCAGGAUUGGCACCUCUUAGUCCAUAUUUGAACUUUGACCCAAGCUACCUGCCUGCCAGCCAGCCGGAAUUUAUAUUCCCUGAAGGAGCUGUGAAACAACGAGGUCGACUUGAAUUAGCCUUUAGUCAAAUUGGAGCUGCGUGCAUAAUUGGCGCUGGCCUAGGUGGCACUUCUGGUUUUUAUAAAGGAAUUAAAGCCACAACCUUAGCUGGACAAACUGGCAACCUUAGGAGAACACAGUUGAUAAAUCAUGUAAUGAAGCAUGGCUCGUCACUGGCAAACACAUUAGGAGUCAUAUCGGUAAUGUACAGUGGCUUUGGAGUCAUACUUUCUUGGGCUAGAGGAACAGAUGACUCUAUAAAUACUCUUGGAGCUGCGACUGCCACUGGAAUGCUAUUCAAAUCUACAUCUGGAUUACGGAAGUGUGCGUCGGGAGGAGGAAUUGGAUUUGCAAUAGCCGCAGCAUACUGUCUAUGGAAUAACCGGGAAACACUUUCACAAAUCAGUCAUCAACGCAUCAAUCCGGCGUAAGAGUACGGAAAUGAUCAAUUGGCUACCUGCCCAUCUAGAGACUAGCAUCGAUUUCUCCCUGCCCUGUACAUAGAAAUUUUUUUUUCCAUGCAUUGUAAGACAACAAUGUUUUGUUGUCCAUUCAAAUAAGCUAUACCAUAAUAAAACAAAAUAAAGAAACAUGUAAAUAAAAUGUAAUUUGCGUUUA